AUGACAACGAAAUUCUGGAUGGGAGUGCUACUCGGCAUAUUGACAUUUGCUGGGCUCUUAUUAACGACGACUGUGAUGUUUGCCGUUGUGAAACUGGGAGUUUUCAAACGUAGUAGCCCAAUCUACUUGAUUUCCACCGCUAACCUGCUCUGCGAUUGUAUACAACUCAUACUUGCCAUCACCUAUCUCGUCCCAUCCAUAAUAAGCGAUAGCUGGCUUUUCGAGGGAGAUAGGCAUAACAAAUUUCUGCAAUUUCUCGGAGCUGUCUUUCUAUUUUGUUGGUAUUAUGGAUCAGUGGCACAAAUUCUCAUGGCUGUCAACAGAGUAUGUGUGAUUUGCAUACAUUCAAAUCGAUUCUUCUCCUAUCGGAAUGUGCUCAUUAUAGUCAUUAUCCUUUUCCCAAUAGCAGGUAUUGUAGCAUGGAUAUCUCAGUAUGUCAGCCCAUGCUGCAAAAUCUCUUUUGACCACAAAUACCUUUCCUAUUCCUAUACUGCCAAGGAUGACGUUCCCAACUACUCCAAUAUGUACAUCGACUUGCCUUUGAACUCGUCAUCAUCGGCUAUUUGUGCUGCAUGUUAUGUUUAUAUCAUUCUCUACGUACGAAAGAUGAGGCAUUCAUACACAGUCGACGCUGCUGAGAAUGGGAAACGAAUUAAGGAGUACAGAUACGCACUGCAAUUUUGUGUAAUCUCUGUGUUUUACUUGUGUGGUUGGAUCUCAUUUCGAGUGUUUCCUGUACUGAUUGGUGUUAGAGGACUGGAGUACUUUAUUGUGGUCUCAGCUUGCGUCACAUUGAACUCAGCAGCCAAUGCCAUUGUUUACAUCACUUCAAAUUUGGAGGUCCAACAUAUACUUUAUAAUUCGAAAGUCAGCACGCCGGUUUAUGCAAAUUCAUCACCACGGAUCGUAGGCGUAAAAUCAAUCCCAUCUCACCACUACAAAAGCAGUAGAUGA